GUGGAGCGGCGGGCGUGAGCUCCAGCGCGCCCGCGCCGCCCGGCCAGCCCGUCGAAUUCAACCAUGCAAUAGAGUACGUCAACAAAAUCAAGUCGCGGUUCUCCCGACAGCCGGAUAAGUACAAGCGAUUUCUGGAGAUCCUGCAUGCGUAUCAACGCGGUCAUCGAGAUCUGAAAGAGCCACAGGCGAAGCAGCAAACCGAGCAGGAGGUUUACUCGCAGGUGGCUAAGCUAUUUGAAAACCAGGAAGACUUACUUGCAGAGUUUGGUCAAUUCCUGCCUGAUGCUAAAGCUGUAACUAAGCCGCCGGACAGGCCGCCUACGCCGCCCUUGCAGCAACAGCAGCGAGUGGAAAGCAGUGAUCUGGAGCGCGUGACGGUCGCGCCGCCGCCUUCUCCGCCGCACCACCUUGCGGCGCUACACCACGCGCAGAUUCCAAAACAUACAAACGCAGCACCUAGCGUGAUUCCUACCAAUCAACAUCACCAUCUCAAAAGAUCGCCCAGUUUUACAUCAUCUGGACCACAGGGCGUAGCAGGGUCCGGCAUGUCGGCGAGCGGUGUGACAAGCGCGGCGGGCGCAGCGAGCGGCGCGGGCGCAGCGAGUGUGUCGGGAGCGCCGCCCGCCAAAAAGCCGCGGUGCUCGGGACUCACGGGUGCCGCCGUGCGCGACGUGUCCUUCGCCGACGCAGCCAAGCUCGCCACGCAUCAUGAUUACAGUUUCUUCGACCGCGCCAGGAAGGCACUGCGUUCACAACAUGUCUAUGACAACUUCCUCAGGUGCCUGCUGCUCUUUACCAACGAGAUAAUAUCUUCGUCGGAGUUGCUCAGCGUGACUGCUCCGUUCCUCUGCCGGCAUCCUGACUUACAGAAAUGGCUGCAAGACUUUGUAGGACCACCAUCUCCACCACACACGCCUACCAACACUGUCCACACUGGAUAUAACUGGGCGACCAGCGCGCGCUACGAGCCUGUGGGCGCGCUCGGAGCACAACACCGCCACGAGCGAGCGCAGCCAGAACUCGCUAUGGAUAUAGAUCUGUCAACAUGCAAGCGACUAGGCACGUCGUACUGCGCACUGCCUCGGGACGCAGCCGCACGUCGCUGCUCCGGACGAACGCCGCUUUGCAAAGAGGUGCUAAAUGACACUUGGGUCUCCUUCCCCUCAUGGAGUGAAGAUUCAACAUUCGUAACAUCUCGUAAGACACAGUACGAGGAGUACAUUUACCGGUGUGAGGAUGAACGAUUUGAGUUGGACGUCGUGAUCGAAACUAACGCGUCCACGAUCCGCGUACUGGAAGGGGUACAGAAGAAAUUGUCUCGCAUGACGCCCGAGGACGCGGCAAAGUACCGGCUUGACGACUGCCUUGGGGGACACUCUCCCACCAUCCACCAGAGAGCGCUGCGCCGCAUAUACGGUGAUAAGGUGGCGGUAGAUAUCAUCGCUGGCUUAAAAAAGAACCCGGUAGUCGCUGUACCCGUCGUGCUGAGGCGAUUAAAAGCUAAGGAAGAGGAGUGGAGGGAAGCACAGAAGGGUUUCAACAAGCAGUGGCGGGAACUGAACGAGAAAUACUAUCUGAAGUCGCUGGACCACCAGGGCAUCAACUUUAAGCAGAACGACCUGAAGGCGAUGCGGUCGAAGACACUAUUCAACGAGGUGGAGAGCGCGUACGCGGCGCGGCGGCCCGGCCCGCACCUAGUGCUCGACUACAACAUGCAGAGCCGGCAGGAAGCCAUCAAGAUCGUGCGCGACACAGCCGAGCUGCUCAUCCACCACGCGCGGCGGCAGACUGCUAUUCAGAAGGCAGAGAAGAGGAGAAUCAAGCAAUUGCUGCGGCAGUUUCUGCCGGAUUUGUUCUCGCAUCCACGGCAGCCGCUGUCGGAUGACGAGAGAGAUGAAGAUAAGGAAGAACCACCAAGUCCAGACAGUGCCGGCACAGAUCAAGUGGGGCACGAGAACGACAAAUCAAGUGGCAAUGUGAAGCAAGAGAUCAAACAGGAGUCAUCGGAGUCUGACAACGCAUCAGACAAGAGCAGCAAAAACAACAAAAACAACAAGGAGAACAAACCGAAAAAUAAUAAUAACACUGAUAGUAAAGACACAAACCAGUCUGCAAACACCGUAAAACGGAACAGCAGCAGUAGCAACGAGGAAGCCGCGUCACUAAAGGCGGACAUCAAGUGCGAACCCCAGGAGAUGGAGGACGAUUUCAGAGAUUACCCGCCCAAUGAGGCGCGAUUCGUGUGCACAUCGUCAUGGUAUCUGUUUCUGCGUGUACACGGCGCGUUGUGUCAACGACUGGCGGCAGCGCGUCGCGUGGCGGCGGCGCUGGCAGCCGACGCGGCACGUCAGCCACCCACAGCCGCAUCCGCGCUGCGACUCAAACCCAACAACCUGCCUGCCGACGUGUCUUCACCCUCCGAGUACUACAAUGUUCUACUGGAACUGGUUAAGGGCGUGCUGGAUGGUAACGUGGAGCCGUCCGCGUACGAGGACGCUGCACGCGAGAUGCUUGGCAUCAAAGCUUACCCUGCAUAUACACUCGACAAACUGGUAUCCAUCGCGGUGCGGCAGCUGCAGCAUUGUGCUGCUGAGCCUUGGUCGGUGCAUGCGGCAGAAUUGGCAGCGCGUGGAAUGAGAGGUUCAGCCGCUUACGUGCGCCGUGCCGCCGGCCUGCUGCGGGACCGACAUGCCGCUUUCCUCGUGCGUGUUUACGGAGGCGACGAAUGCCGGGUUACCUUCGAACUACUUGACGGCGCGGGCGAAGGCCGCACUUCACCCCAUCACAACGAAGGGUCACGACUUUCACCAGCGGGCCAACCGCGGCAGUCCGCACAACAAGCACCUGCGGCAGCAGCUUCGGCGGUGGCACGCGUCGCCGCUUGGUCUCUCUACGCAGAAAGAUAUGCACGCCCCGAUGCACCUGCAACUGCCCCAACACAACACGGUCGCAGCAAGCCCGUAUUCCUAGCCCGAAACGCCCGUGCACGUGCAGGCGGUCACGUGGGCGGGGCCACCAGUGCUUCAGCGUCCGGCGGUACACCUCCACCAAGGCAUGCACGUCGCAAGCCGCCACGGCUCCAUGACGCCGCGGAGUGCACGUUGGCGCCGAGUCUGCGUUGGCGCGCCGUGGCUUGUCGUCCGUUUGCACUUUACCAACCAGGGGCCCUGGCUGCGGCACGCAACACACACCAACGGUUAGCAGCAGCGCGGCGGGAUCGGUUCCGAGCGUGGCUGCGACGACGGCGGGCGCCCGCCUAGUCUCACGCGAUUUUGCGCCUGCUGCACAGUGACGGGGGCCGGCCCAGCUGCUCGGCGUCGGGCGCCGCGCCGCGUUCUAGUGGCGGUGGCGAGACCACGACGCGUCGACGCACCGAUGCACACCCGCUCGCUAUUACGGCACUUCUGUCUGGACGCGUCGCCGGGAUAUCCGCCCGACCGAACACCGUUGUACAGAUCAAUAAAUAAAUAGGUUCGUUGACGAGUCCACAUAGAACUGCGCGUGCAGCGCGCGGCGGAGUGUGAGCAGAUCUCUCAGAUGUCUAACACAUCACUAACUGUGAAUAUUAGAACGGCAGUGAUCGUUAGCAUAGCCGACUACUUGAUAUUGUUAAUAUCUAAACAGAAAUGACUUGAAAAUAAAUAUUAUUAUAUUUAUAAUAA